AUGGCCUCCGAUUCCGUCGCCGUCGUCGGGGCGGCUGCCGGUCAGCGCAAGACGGUGCUCCACCUUGUGGGCUCGCGGCAGGACUCUUUCUACUACGACCUCAGCGUCCUGUACGCCAGGGCUUGCGACGGGUGCGAGGAGCUUGACCGCAGUCGGUAUGAAUUCCGCUUCGCCGUGGUUGGCAUGGAUGAUCGGUGGAGCUUCCCCGAGUCGCUCGACGAGAAGGCCCUGGAGGCAGCCCCGAGCCUGACGUUCGCCGACGCCAUGGCGCACAUUUGCAAGAUGGCCCCCGACGUCAUGGUGCCGCACAUGUUCUGCGUGGAGGGGAUGACGCGGUACAGGUCCCUGUUCGAUCUGUUGCAGAUUCCGUUCGUUGGAAACAAGGAGUACACGAUCUGGCACGCUACGGACAAGGCUACCACCAAGCAGAUCUUGGAGGCCAACGGCGUCCAGGUCCCGAAGGGAGAGCUGCUCAUCAGGGGUCGCGUCGAGAAGCCCACCACCGUGAAGGUACCUUUUGUUGUCAAGCCGUGCAACGAGGACAAUUCUCGCGGCAUAACGCUGGUGAGAACGGAGGAGGAGGCCCAGAAGGCGAUCGAGUACGCAUUUAGCUUCGACGAGCGCGUCGUGGUCGACGAGUACAUCGCAGGCCGGGAGAUCCGCGUGGCUUGCAUCGAGGAGGAGGACGGCUCCCUCACGCUGGUCACGAGCAGUGACGGCAAGCUGACCGCCGACGCGAUCAAGCAGGCAAAGAAGGACGGCGACAGGAAGUGCCCCGCGGACCUGAGCCCGCUGCUGCACGAGCGGGUCGACCGGAUCACGCGGGAGGCCCACCGCGCCCUGAAGUGCCGCCACUACUCGCUCUUCGACAUGAGGAUCGACGCGGACGAGCAGCCGUACGUCCUCGAGGCCUGCCUGUUCUGCUCGUUCUCCCCGCUCAGCGUCAUCCCCGCCAUGGCGGCGCACGCCGGCCGCGAGGACCUGCGCCACCCGAACCUCUUCCACACCCUCCUCGAGCGCGCGGCCGCGGAGGCGAAGGCCCCCCGGCAGGUCACCGACCAGGGCAGCACCACCGCCAGCGACUGCAGCGGGGAGCACUGA